CUCUUCCCUGUCCGCCACUCUCUCUCUCUCGCUCGCCACUCUCCCUCACGCGCGCACGCUCCCUCUCUCUCGGGGAGCCCCCAAAAUAAUACAUUCGCUCCGUGGGUUGACCACACAGCUCCGGUCCGGCACCGGAGAGUCGCAAGCGUUGCUCCGGGUACGUUGCUGCUGCUGCUGCUGCGGUGGUGGUGGUGCGGCGAGGGCAGCAAGGAACGAGCCGUGGUCGUCAUACUUCUUGCCGCCUCCUCCUCCUCGUCCUCCUCCUCCUCGUCCUCCUCCUCCUCGUCCUCCUCGUCCUCCUCCUCCUCGUCCUCCUCCUCCUCGUCCUCCUCCUCGAGUCUGGGUACUCGCAGUGCGCAACCGGACGAGCGCCGCCGGAGCGAAUUGGUCGGAUGUCCGUGACAGCGAUCGGCAGCCAACACAUCGAGCUCAAGUUCCCACAGCCAACACAUCUUCGUCUCCUGCUAAUUGUCCUCGUCUCUCCUGUUAAUUAUCCCCACAAUUAGAUAUUGUGAACAAAGAGACUGCGAAGACUGCUCUCAAAAACAACAACAAAAACCCGCAGACGCACAAUCUCCCCGUUCUUUAAAUAUGCCAAACGUUCACAGUCGCUGCAAGUCCAAAUUAUUAUAAUUUAAUGCUGGAAUGUAAGAGCGACGCUAUGCGCUAAAUAAAUAAAUAUUUCGUCUUUUAAAAAAACGCUUUAUUGGCAUAACAAAAAUCCGAGGAAAGUUUGUAGAAUUAUUCUGAUGAAAUAACUUUUACGAUAGUUGACGUGCCCUAAAUAUUCAGCGCUGGUCCCUUUGAAAAUAUACUUGGAAGAAAUAAUUUUCGUUUCUUUUUCCUUUUAUUUCUCUCACCACCCUUCGACUAAACACAUCUCGAGGUUCCUUUGAAGAGCGAGAGGCAAUAAAGAGGCUUAGCCAUGAAUUUCCUGAGAAGACGCCUCUCUGACAGCAAUUUCAUGGCCAACCUGCCGAACGGCUACAUGAUGGACCUGCAGAGGCCAGACCCGGCACAGGCACCGCCUCCCUCCGUGUCGCCAUCGGGGGGCCCGGCACAGCCAGGUGGCGGUGGCGGGAGCGGCGGUGGCGGUAGCGGCGGUGGCACCGGGGCCGGAGUGGGCCCGGCUGGCUCUGCGGCUGCCACUUCCGGCGCGGCGCCCCCAGCGGCGUCCGUGUCCCCCGUGGCGCAGUCGCCCGCCACGCCGCAGCCAGGAGAGCAGCGCCGCCUGUCCCAGUCGUCCGGAGGCGGCGAGGCGAAGGCGGGCGGGGGCAGCACGGGCGGUGGCAUCACCAGCGGUGCCAGCGGAUUCCUCAGCUCCCUGUCCAACGCCGUGCGGCAGACGACGGCGGCAGCGGCGGGGCUGGUGGAGCAGACGGCCGGCAGCGUCUCCGGCAGUGCCGGGCGCAAGUCCAAGGUGCUGCUCGUGAUCGACGACCAGCAGACCGACUGGGCCAAGUUCUUCCGGGGUAAAAAGGUUCUCGGGGAGUACGACGUGAAGGUAGAGCAGGCCGAGUUCUCCGAGUUGAACCUGGCGGCCUAUGUGGACGGGGGCUGCACCGUCGACAUGCAGCUCUACCGCAGCGGCACCAAGGUCGUGAGGUCGCUGAAGCCAGACUUUGUGCUCGUCCGCCAGCCGGCCUACAGCAUGGCGGGCAGCCAAGACUACCGCAGCAUUGUCAUCGGGCUCCAGUACGGUGGCGUGCCCACCCUAAACUCCUUGCACUCCGUCUACAACUUCUGCAGCAAACCCUGGGUGUUCUCCCAGCUGAUUCGUAUCCAGAAGAGCCUCGGUGCAGAGAAGUUCCCCCUCAUCGAGCAGACGUACUUCCCCAACCACCGUGAGAUGCUGACGACGCCGACAUUCCCGGUCGUGGUGAAGAUCGGGCACGCGCACGCUGGCGUGGGCAAGGUGAAGGUGGACAACCACUACGACUUCCAGGACGUGGCGAGCGUCGUGGCGCUUACCAAGACGUACGCCACCGUGGAGCCGUACGUGGACUCCAAAUACGACAUCCGCAUCCAGAAGAUCGGCGCCAACUACAAGGCCUACAUGAGAACCUCCAUAUCAGGAAACUGGAAGGCGAACACGGGUUCUGCCAUGCUGGAACAAAUUGCAAUGACAGACAGGUACCGGAUGUGGAUCGACACUUGCGCUGAGCUCUUUGGCGGCCUCGAUGUCUGCGGCGUGAAGGCGGUGCACGGCAAGGACGGUCGUGACUACAUCAUCGAGAUAAUGGACUCCUCCAUGCCGCUGCUCGGGGAGCAUCAGGACGAGGACCGCGCGCUCAUCGUGGAUCUGGUGGUCGCGCGCAUGAACCAAGUUCUGCCGCGCACGCCUGCGCCCUCCCCACAGCCUGGGCAGCAGAGGGGAGGGCAACCGUCUCCAGGGCAGCAGCGGAGCAGCCCGACACCGAGUCCCCAGCCGGGGCAGGUGGCUGGGGCCCAGGCCCGUCCACCACCUCAAGGAGGCGGCCCUCAGCAGGGCACCGGGGCCCAACCUCAGCGACCCGGGGCCCCUCCGCUGGUGCAGCAGCAGCAGCAGCAGCAGAGGAUGGGCCCUCCGGGCCAAACCUCCCAAGGGGGGCCGACCCCCGCGGGGGGCGGGCAACCCAACCAGCCGCCGCGUCCAGGGGUGGCCCCCCUCCAGCACGGAGGCGGUGGGGGUCCCCGGCCCGGCGGCGGAGGGGCGGCGGGGCCCCAAACGCAGCAGCCGCCGCGGUCGAGCGGAACGUCGCAGGCCCCGUCGGGGCAGCCGGGCCAGCCAGCGAGGCAGGGGCAGCCGGCGCCGCCGCAGAGGCAGUCGAGUCAGCAGCCCGCGGCGCAGCCGCACCCGCACCUCAACAAAUCUCAGUCACUGACAAACACGUUUAACAUCCCCGAGCCCUCCCUGUCGCGCGGCUCGGCGCCCGGGACGGAAGACCAGGCCAAGGCAGAGACCAUCCGGAACCUGCGCAAGUCCUUCGUCAGCCUCUUUUCUGACUGAUCGCUGCCUCCGCCGCAACCGCCGCAACCGCCACAACCGUCACAACCGCCGCAACCGUCACAACCGCCACAACCGUCACAACCGCCACAACCGUCACAACCGCCGCAACCGCCAAUCACUUUUUCCAACAAGCCAUGCAGCGAGCGCCCAAGAAAGUCCGCCACCGCCGGCAUCUGCGGCGGCGACUUGGCAGGCAGCGGAGGGGCAUCGCUUACCGGUUGGGAGGGGAGGUUUUUGCUUUCACGCUGUUUAAAAAAAAUGAUUACGAUAACGAAUAUGCUAAAAUAUUGUCGUAGAUAUCCCCCCCCCCCCCCCCCCCCCCCCGUUCAACGUCGUCGCUGCUGACCGCUACGAGUCAAGGCCCCUCUGCCCGGCUAAAUGUGGUCACCUAACAAAAUACAUAUAGAGCGAGGGAGCAUAGGUAAAUUAAAUACACGCAUAUUUACACGCUUGUAUGAAACGGUAGCGUUUUUUGAGAGUGACGUUUGAGUUGAAAAUCCGAUACCCUGUAAUUGUGUUUGUGCUCGAUGUUCAAGCCGACGCGGUUCUGGAAUUGUGUACGUUGAUCGGCGAUUGCCACGAUUUGUGUGCGUUGCCUGCACCCUUUGGUCCUACGCACCCUGGCAUGUUGGCAAUAACGGCGUGUUUGUGAUGUCUCGUAUUUUUUGCCUUCUCUAACGAGGAAUGAGUAAUUCGCACCGACGGCAGCGCUGGCCGAGAAAUUACAUGUUUCCGAGUAAAAAAGAAAAGUACGUGAAUCGUGUUGCAACCCCAAACCUGCUUGCGUGCUCCACUCGCGUUCUAAAUUUAUUUUUGUUGAACGUUUUAAAUGUUUCGCGCGUAUUGUUUUGCGGUGCUCUGCUGCCCUCUGCGGGCAUCUCGAUGGCAGCUUUCGCAUGCAGAGUGGAUUCACCUUCAAAGUCAAAGACAGUCCAUCUACUAUCUGAAUCCUUUAUUUUCAAUGCCAAGUUAGUCCAUGGGCCCAUUCCAAAUAUUUUACUUGUCGGUACCAACUGACUUAUACCAACAUAUUUACAUACCCAAUCAAGUCAAAAUCCAAAGUGAGUUCCUGUUUAAAUGAGAAUAGGUGGUGCUCAUUUCCCAUUUAAAGUGGUGGAAAAUCCACAUUCCUAUGGUGGGGGCAAGUAUAUCCAUAAAACAACCACUGUUGACUUCCCCACAAAGUGGUACUGAUUUUAUCAACCAUGGAGGGAUGAUGAGCCAACCCCCAACCAUAAAAGUGUCAUUUAAUAAGAACUAGAAACCGCGUGAACUUUGGAUAUGACCGUCUGGCCUUCCGUCCCUCCCAGGCAACUAGCAAAACGUUUAAUUGCAUACAGAGCCCUGUCUGUAUGCAGCUUUCCCUGGCCUUCUCUGCAUAUCUCAAUUCAUCUCGAUGCCAUUGCUUUGUUUCUCUCGUUUUCCUCUAUUUUCUGUCCCGUCUUCUACCUCUCCCUCCAUAUUCCUCUCCUACCUCCACUGCCUCUCAACCACUUCCCUCCCGCUACCGCUCUCCACGUCCGUCUCUCUUUCUCUCACCUCUCACCCUCACUAUUCACUUUGCCAACUCUCCCUUUCCCGCCUCAACCUCUCUUGCCUCGACCUAAAUGUCCCUUCCACUGCCGUCUUUGCUUUUUCUUCUCCAUUCCAUGUCCCUGCCCCUCUCCUUUCCGCUCCUCUCCGUCUCGACCUCCCUCCUCUAUUUCCAUCCCUUACCCCCCCCCCCCCUCCUCACCACCACAUGCGCCAUGCAGGCAGACAUGAAUCCAGGCAGGCAGGACGCCAGCCAGAACACUUUCCCCCCCGCCAUAUCUAGUGAUGAUGUAAUCACGUAAUCUUACGUUCAUUUGCAGUUUACACAAAUCGCUUGCCCUAAACGUUUGCCACCACCCGUGGUGCCGAAUUCUGAUCUGGCCCAGUGGAUGACGAUGACGCAGCAGGGACUCGCGGCCAAUUUGUUGAAGAGGAAUUGCUGCCGCGCGCGAGCGCGCGCAACCUGAAGUGGUAUAGACGUGUUCCGUCGCGAUUGCACGAGCUCUUUUUUCUUGUCUCGAAGGGCGUAAAGUCGAUGGUUGGUCGCAAAGGCGAGCACAGCGGGCUCUCAACCUCGUCAAGGUGACGAAGGCCACGGCACACAGAGGGGUCACACGUCCACGCGUUGUUAGUACGGCAUUUGUGUCCUGCUGUGUGUCGGUGUGUUCGCGCGUGAGGCAUGUGUGUUCGCGCUGUGUAUUCGUGUGUUUUAGUGUUGGUGAUGCACGUGGGUUCACGUUGCGUAUCGGUGAGUUCUGUGUACGUAUAAGGCAUUUGUGUAUGAUUGUUGCAUUGUCUCCGCUACGUGGUGAAUGCGUUCACCGUGCACCAUUCAAAAUUUAUCCUGCACGGUAUCCACGCCGCAGCCUGCACACCACCCACUGCCCCACCCCCUUCCCUGGAAAUCAGGGGGCAACGCGACCCAUGCGUUCAGAACUGCUGAGCUCAUCUUAUCUUCGCGUUUGCCGGAGAUUGUAAGAUUUCCCCCCCGGCCUUGAAUGUUUUCGUCUUAUGCAUACGUGAAUGUAACCCCACGGUGACCUUUUCACGAUUGUCGCUCCCCGACGUCGCUCCCGAACUUUUGCGUCCGUGACCGCCGUGACCUGGCCGGGUCACCACCCCCACCCCGACCCCCCACCCCGACCCACCCCGACCCCCCACCCCGCGGCGCGACGUUCCGUUCUAUGCAGGGCGUUCUCUCCUUGCUUCUCGUUUUGCCCGUUGCCGUUCGGCGAUUCCGCGUCGGACGAAUUUGUCUGCUCUCCCCCCACGAGGCGUUCGGCUUUCCCUCCCCCCACCCCCUCCCCGCCCGUUCGCAGAAAUCGGGAAUCCUCCUGCCGCGAUUUUGGCGAAACGUGGGAAUGACCGCGAGUCUCGUGCGGGCUCCCCCCCAGCCCCCCAUUACCGAGUCGACCUUUCCGUGUCCUCCAGGGCGACUUUUAGCCGUUGGAGUGGGGGGGGGGGGGAUUUAGAAAGUCGUAAUUUUUAAUUGCUGUGCUCAUGACGACGUGCUGUUUCGCGUGUUGUUGCGUCUUUUACCUCGUGUGGUGUACACUCGGCGUGACUCCGCUGUUGCAUGGGGAAAGCGGAAACCUGUGGCGUAUUACCGCAGUGUGGAUUUUUACCAUGAUGUGUCUACCAACAGAUGCCCCCCGCCCCGCUCGGCAACCUUUUUUUUUCAUUCUGAUAGCGGCGCAUCUCCCCGUGCGUUACCCUCUGCGGCUGGCUUUCUGGUCCUUGGUUUGGUUUGUGUUUUUUGGGGUACCGCGUGACGGUCCCAAGUGCUGCAGUGCUUUUUCGCCCGGAUCGGUGGUGAGAUUCUAGAGGCCGCGUUGCUCGCUUCAGCAGGGCCACCCGUGCCUGGCGGGUGGCGGAGAGAAGGCGAAUGGCGCAAAUUAAGCCCCGGAUCUCGCACUCAAAAAGAGGGCACCGCGACUAAUGGGGGGGGGAGGCGGGGGAGACUGACCGCCCCCCCCACCCCCCCAUGUGUCAAUUCUGCUCCGGAGCCUCGGGGUUGUCCUUGCAUAUUCAGUGCAUUCGUAGCUUCUACCGUACGUGUUUUAAAUAGCUAUAAGACAUCAAUUUAAAAAGAAAUGCGUCUUAAAUUACGCCGAAUUAUAUAUACAUUACAAUAGUGUAUUUAGUGAUACAUAUCUAUAACAUGUUGGUUCAGAGAUCACAUAUACUACGUGAAACGUUGACCUUAGUGGAUACAAUUAAUAGGUGGUUCUUUGCCAAAUGCAAUUUCAAUUCAAUAUUCACGUUACACAUAUAUACUGUACGUGUGACAUCACACAUCGACAGGUGUUGUAUUUGCAUUUUGAAUGUCUGCAAUGUAUUUAGUUGGGUUAGACACCCCCAAUUUAGCAUAUAUUAUCUAACGUCACACUUUCAUUCUCAAAAUAGCUUUCAUACAUCCAUUCGUUCUCACAUUGAUAUCUUGUAGAGGUGUAGUGACGCCUCGAUUCAGCGAUUGAUAUUGAAUCUCUUCGCUAAUGAUACGUGCAUUGAAUCAAGUGUAUGUAUGUAUGUUGAACUUCUUUCGCAUCGUACGUAGCCAACCGUGUUAAACGGAGGUGCUAGGGAAGGACAACAAACUAAACAAAAAAAAGCUAUUCUGAAAAAAAUAGUUUUCAAGGAUGGCAUCCUUGAAUAAGGAUGACAUGCUUUCCGAGUCAUAUACCCUGUGCGGCAGCGGAUUACUGCUGGCUGUGGUGUAAUUACAUCACGGGCAUUGGCUGUACUUCUAUGCGCCCACGUCUGCUGUGCUGUGCUCACCACCUGCAACCCACUCGCACUGACCUAGCAUGGCGAAGUACGGUCAAGUAGCCCCCACGACCUGCACGGCGUGGGGAGGCCCUCAUCCAGCAGUGGAUUAGAUUUUACAAAAAAAAAGGCUGGAUGCGUGAUUCCUUGCCGUCACGCGUGGCCGCGUAAUUCGUCACAACGCUGAGAAAAUGAUCGAUCGUUGAGUCGCAUUCAUCGAAUCGCCCUUAACGAAGGUGAAUCGUUGCACCCUCGAUAUGAUGCAUACGCCUUCGUUACAAGCGUGUGACCGUGCAGAGCGUACGGCAGCUGGCGACGGCUGCCGAGCCCGUUGCCAACUCGCCGAGCGGGUCACAGGGUGCUCGCUCUCAUUCUCCACACUUUGCUGCUCCCAGCGAGCAAACGUUGACCUCACCGAGCGCUUCAUUAUCACACCGCGGUUGCAUAUUGUUUGUGUCUAGUCGUGGUUAAAUAUUGAAAACUUGAAAGUGAAUCGUAUGAUGUGGUCUCCCCACCCCCCCACCCCCCCCCGAAGUGUUUCUGUUAUGCCUCUCCUUCACCCUAAAUUGUAACCUACAGAUGGCUUCUCAGUCUGUGCCGUACAAAGGUCUGCCUCGUCUCAAACGUCGCCCGCUAGUGCUUAUAAUUGAAUGAUCGUUCGCACUUGUGUAUUUAAAUAUAGACAGAGUCAUAAUAUGCACCUUCUGGGCGCACGGUGCAGAGUCAGCGGAUAGCGGUGCGAGUGGUACAACUUGAAGUGACACUUCUGAAACGUGUAAGUUGCUGGGCCAAGGUUUGCUAGGACCGGGCCUAUUCCGCGAUGCCUCUCUUCUCUUGCGUGUUUCCCUGCCCUCACCCGAACUGCCACAGAACCCCCUUCUACCCUCACGGUGUUCUGAAAUUCUUUCGCUAAGCUGUCUUUAAGAUGCGAUUGCACUUUCUUUCCUGCCAUUUCCAUUGAAAUUGUUGGUUAUUUUAUCAAUGACAUAAAGCAUGCAUGCAGUUAUUGGUGAGGCGUCAUGUCACAGGUUAAUGUUCCCGAUUCAUAUAUACCACUGAUUGAUUGUAUAAGAGGAACCCCGGUAUAAUGGACCGACAGUGAGGAUUCAGGGAUGAUGGUAAUGCCACCUAAUUUAUUGUGUCUUUCUGUUUUAUAAUGUUUGCUCUUUUUCCGGGAGAGUUACAUUCAUGUCAGUGCUUUGCGAGCCAAUGCAAAAAUGUUAUUGUGUGAGAGCCAGAUGUUUGAGGCUGACUGACAGGAGAGGCCGUGCCCUAUUCAGGUUUUCCAGCAUAGUUUAUUUAAAUUGUACUGAUUUGUUUCGCGUUAUCCUGAUGUGUUAAAUCAAGAAUGCCCGUUUUUGCAAUGAAACACCGCCACUACAGUAACUUAAGAAUCUCAGCACCAUUAAUUUUGCAAGGGGAAAAAAAAUCUGGCCUUUUGCGUUGACUAUUUUUAGCCGUUGACUGUCAAUUAUAUUCUCUGACGCACAUAUGAAGAAGAAAAAAUCGAGCUUUUGAAAGGAUGGGUUAACUUUCAUGUGUGAUUUUUUUUGUGUUCAAUUCAUUAAAUAUUUCAUACCUGAUUCGACCGGUAUUACGAAGGAAGCCAGCAAAAGUGAUGAGCGACCAUUGUCGCAAAUGAAGGGGGAUUUGUUCAUUCGGCGAUGCCAUCGGUGUAGAUGAUACGUCAACCAUGACGCAUUGGUUCUUUCCGCAUGGGCACAAUAUUGCAA